AUGGAUUUUGAUCAAAUCAAUAAAUUGGAAGAAGGACAAAUCUUAUGCUGUUGUGAAUAUUUCAACAGUCGUGGACAACGCAGCCAUUUAUUAGAAGCCCUUUGCGAUUGCCAAGUAUUAGAUGAUAUUUGCGAAGGAUUUAUCCAUUGUAAAUGGGCUGGGAAAGAUCAGUUCCUUCAAUUGUUAGAAGUCAUGCAUGAUCGUAUACGAAUUCCCUGGUUAGACGGACGUGGAGCUCGACGAUUUCCACUAUCAACAAUAUUACCCAUGAUUAUUUUACCUUGUAUGCUAAAAGUAGCCUCUUCUGGCUUUUAUACGACCGUAGGCAUGAUAACGUCCCUUUUUCCUUUGAUGAUGUUUAUCUAUUAUAGCGCUAUCAUUAGCGGUCGUAAAAGGACGCCAUUUUUUCUAAGCUGGACGUUAACAUCCAUAUUGGGAAUGCUAUUUGCCUACUUGCGCUAUAUUACUCCAAAUUGUAGUCUUGACAAGACUGCUGAAGUCUCCCUUGGCUUAGUGAUGACGUUAAUUAUUUUUAUCUUAUGCUUACGUAAUCCUGGUAGAAUUAAACCCAAACGUAAAGGGGCCAAGCUUGGCAAUUAUGUCGAUCAUAAUAAUCAGGAUACGUACGAUAAUAAUUUAUUGAAAGUUUGUCAAGAAUGUCAUGUUCAGAUGCCUCGGCGAUCGCACCACUGUGGAAUUUGCCACAAAUGUGUAAAACAUUUUGAUCAUCACUGCGUCUGGAUUAAUAAUUGUGUUGGGCAAGGCAAUCGAAGGCUCUUUGUUUUACUUUUACUUGUAUUUCUUUAUACAGCUUCACGUGGCAUCUAUUUUAGUUUGGAUACUGUCUGUGUCUGGGAUAAAAUGCUUCCAAAUUGUCAGUAUGCUUACGAAGAAGAUUGGUAA